AUUACAAACAUGACUUCAGUUUGUUUUCUGGAUUACACGUCUAUAUGGUGCUAUUUUAAAACGUUAAGAGGACGUAACCAGUACUGUCAGAUGAACUCAAACUCCUCCUUCACUCACUCGCACAAAAAGAGACAACUCACGACAGCAUUAGAACUCUGUUUCAAGAUUAAGAGAAGUUGUGUACACGAAACGCAUCUGAACCUCACUAUAGAAGCCAACAUGAAGAAACUACUUUUGGAUGUUGAUUCUGGGGUGGAUGAUGCUCAGGCUAUUAUGAUGGCUUUGGCAGUGCCAGAUGUACAGAUCCUGGGCAUCACCUGCGUUAGUGGAAACACUGAAGUAGAUAAUGUGUGCAAGAAUGUCCUGCGCAUCCUGAAAGUUUGCAAGCGUCUGGAGAUUCCUGUAUUCCGUGGAGCAUUUAAAUCACUCUUGGGUGAGACCAUCAGUGCUGGAGAGUUCCAUGGGAAAGAUGGACUUGGAGAUGCCCCAGACCCAGACGCUCCUGGUUUGGAUCUCAUCCAGGCAGAGGGGGCCGUGUCAGCAAUGAUUCGAAUUGUCAAUGAGAAUCUUGGGGAGGUAUCUCUAGUGGCCACGGCUCCACUGACCAAUCUGGCUUUGGCAGUGAAACUUGAGCCCUCAAUCGGCCAGAAACUCAAAGGGCUUUACAUUAUGGGUGGAAACACAGAUUCUCGUGGGAACACCACUAUGUGUGGAGAAUUCAACUUUGCAGUUGAUCCAGAAGCAGCUUACAUUGUUCUAAAUGAAUUCCUUUGCAAAACGUACAUUGCAACCUGGGAGUUCACCUGUCGAAGUAAACUACCUUGGGAAUUCUGUGAUGACUGGCUGGCCCAGGACACGGAUAAGGCUCGUUUCAUGAAGCAGAUCUUUAAGCACAGCAUGGAGAACAGCCACAGUGAGAGGGUAGAGAAUGAACUGGUGGAUGGCCAGGGCUUCAUCUCCUGUGAUUCAUAUGCCAUGGCAGCAGCCAUAGAUGAGAAAUAUAUUGUUGAAACUGACCAUAAAGCCGUAACGGUAGAGCUUGCAGGCAAUUAUUGCAGAGGAAUGAUGGUUGUAGAUCAUCUUGAGCUUAUGAAAAAAACUCACAAAGUCCAAAUCCUUAAGAAGGUGGACUUGGAGAAGUUUAAAAUGCUUAUGAUGAAUGCUUUAAAAUAACUGUGAAUUUGUACGUUAGUAGCAUCAUGGCCAUACAUGUCAUUUUAAUACUGUCUUUUUAAUACUGUCUUUUUGUAAUCAGGGGCUAGGCAUUACAUUUUUAUAAAUAAUGUAAUAAAUGUACACGAUUGCCUUGUUUUUAUGUACGAUUCUACGCUUAUCUACAUCAAUAAUCAUUAAAAU